CCUUCGGUUCCAGAGAGGGCUACCGUUCAUAAAGGAGAAUCUGAGAUGGAUGUUGAUGGCAAAUACUGUGAUAUGCUGGACAUGAUAGAAUAAACUGCAUUGGUGAACUUGAGUCGCGCUUUGUCAGCCAUGUUUGGAUUAUAUAUCGGGAUUACUAUGACCUUUUGGUGGACCUGUGCUGAACUUUGUAAACGGUCCGGCUUCCGUAGCACUAAGGAAUAAUGCUGAUUCGCAGCGCAUUAUUCCUGUUCAGUUGUAUCCAGAUCCGAUUGAUUGUUGCCAAAUAUAACAGAUACUUUUAUGAUCCAUUUAAUGAUUGGGAUAAGGAAUACUACGAUUCGCCUUCGGAUAACCUGAAGAUAGCUGCUCCUCCUCCUCCCCCCGUUCCUGACCCGCCGCAAAUCCGUGCCGAUUUCAGUUUCGAGAUUCCCAAAAUUCCACUGCCCUCCCUACCGGCUGUCGGCAAUAUUGGUGGCCCACCCUUCGCUGCCGUUCAGACGUUUUCCACUCUUCCUUAUCCCGCCAUAAACUCCAUUCCCGAUGGUGGCCUUCCGUUAGGCGGAUAUGGUGCUUUUAGCGGGAAUAGCCAACCAUACCACCACAACAACUUCGGUGGAUAUGGUAUCGGUCUCCGCGGUGGUCCGGGUUUCGGUUUUAACGGGAUCGGUGCUCCAAUGGGCGUGUUCAACAAUCUCCCGAAUGUCGGAGGCUACAAUGAUUUUGGGGGACAUAGCGCCUUUCCAUCGGUGGGUGGUUACAACGGUUUCACCGGUUACAACAGCCGGGAUGGGAGUAUCGGCGGUUACGGAUACGGUAACCAGUUUCAGACGCCGUUCAACAACUUCCAGAACAACUUCCAAAACAAUCUGAUGGCGCAACCGGCCAGUUUUGCUGCGUUACCCGAACCGUUGCCACCGUUACCGGCGAUCUCAUUCUCAAAUUACGAUAACAACGGUCUGCUGCCACAGUUUCCACCGGUGGAUAACUUUAACCGAAUCUCACCGGUGGCCAAUCAAGGUCCCUUUGAUCCGCUGCCGGUGACCUUUGAAAAGGAUGCCGAUGCGGCAGCGGUACCGCUGAAGCCGGUUGUUGAGAACUUUGAUGCGGCAAUAAAACGCGAACGUUUAUGCAAGCCGACUGGUCGACCCGGUCUGACGGGGUUCUGUCGCAACAACUUUGAUGUGAUUAAUAACCGAGUUUGUAAUAAGAUGGCCGUGGAUAGCCGGAAUACGGAUUGUGCCGAGUCAGAGCUGUGCUGCUACUGGCGGCCGAAAACGGCAUUACGGGCUCUGCCGCCUCGGAUCUCGCGACCGACACUGGCACCGGGAUAUGCUUUUGUCGCACGGCGGGCGCCUGAUCAGGAGACCACGGAUUAUUAUCAUUUUGCCUCGCGGAAGGAAGGGAAUGGAUUGUCGGCGGAUGAAGUGCCGGGGAACGAAGAUGAAGGAAAUGUGACUAUUGGAAACUCCAAUAACCCCGUUGACCGGGGUUUGGAUGCGGCAUCCGGUAUUGUCAACCGAGUGAUGUCGGAAGGAGAUGCGUUCAGCUGGGAGAUGAAGGCCUGUGGGAAGCUGGGUGUCAAAUCUGGGAAUCGGAGGGUGUCGAGAAUUUUGAACGGAGAUAAGGCGCUUGAUGGGGAAUUCUGCUGGCAAGCGGCGAUAUUUCUCGGGAACGAAUAUUUGUGUGGUGGAGCGCUGAUUGAUGAUAUCCAUGUUAUAACAUCGGCACAUUGCAUACAACGUUUCCAGAGAGACAAAACGGCUAAUAAUUUGAGAGUAAUUUUUGGCGCGACGGAUGUGAAGAACGUUCCGGUUGGCGGAUGCGCGCAAGCAUUUGGGAUAUCGUCCGUGAAACUCCAUGAUGCUUUUAAUUCCAAGACUCUGUCCAACGAUAUUGCCGUAUUACGGCUGUCAAAUAGCGUGCCAGCAAAUAACUGUUCAUGUGCGCUUUGCCUGCCAGAAUCAUGGACUGGACCACUGAGAAUUGAUUCUACGUGCCUCGUUACUGGAUACGGGUUGUCCAGCACAACUAAUCCAUUAAGCUAUGGACGUUUGCGCUCAUCUCAAGUGCAAGUGAUUAACAGCACUACCGGACCGGUUAACUGCCAAAUGAUUAUGAAUGAUUAUAGCGGAAUGCCUAUUGAUUAUAAGCUGGAUCCGUCAAUGUUUUGUACACUGAGCCGGGACCAAAAUUACGCCAACGGAUUGGGUGUGGGCGACACAUGUAUGCGCGACGGCGGUAGUCCGCUGAUUUGCGCCCUGGACGCCGAUGAUCCACAGAGGUUCACAUUGACCGGCAUUGUAACAUGGGGGUUGGGUUGUGGACGGACAACGGAAUCCGUGAGAAUGCCGUCAGUGUACACCAACGUCCGCAAACAAGUGCAGUGGAUUAAACGAAAUUUACAGUGAUUCACGACGGCUGACAAGAAAUGAAAGAAGUAGUAUUAAUAUUGAUUGUUAUGUGGCUUCCUUGAAGUGGUCAUUUGGUCCAGGUGAGGCUCAUGGUUAAAUAGUACUGCAGGAUCCAGUCUAACUAGCUUGAAGCUUUUGUUAUACUGGUAUGUACAUUUCGAGAAACACUUGAAUUAAAUUUACAGUGUAAUAAUCCAGACAAGGAGAACAAAUUUUGAGUGUUG